AUGUCAAAUGCUUUUAUUAAUGGGAAUAUUCAUCGGUUAGCUACGAAGGGUUCUGAUAACCAACCAAAAAUUAUUGUUGCUUUUAGUUUAGCAGAUGAGACUAUCAGUGAGGUGCCAUCACUCGAUGAUUAUAUCAUGCGUCCUGGUCCCUGCGAACUUGUUGAUGUUGGUGGAAAGCUUGGUAUAUUCAGGGAAUAUGACGGUGUGGUUUGGCUAAUGAAUGAGUACGGGGUAAAAGAAUCUUGGACUAAGAUCUUAUGCCAGGAGAUUCCAAGAGGCGUAGAUCGACUAGCUUUAAUUCACAAGGAUGAUGGCAAAAUUCUGGUUGUAUACCGCAAACUGAAGUUGAUAUACACCCUUGAUAAAAAAGGGCUUCGUAAAUACUGUGAUGCUAAAUCUCGGUUAUGGAAGGAUUUGAUUCCAAAAGCUAUAUGUGUCGAAAGCCUAGUCUCGCUUCAUAAUUACGGCCAGGUUCACCAAUUAGCUAGAAUAUUUGACAAUCCAAGCUAG